UCACGUGCGCCCGAGGGGGCGGGGCCCCAAGCGGAACCGAGUUCCACCUAGAGGCUCCGUGCAAGGCGCGAACUUUCCCCCCGAGAUUUGAGGGGCUGACCUUGACCUGAACCCCUCGGGAGGACUCGAGGCACCCGUAGCCAGGACCGGGCUGAGGUGUCCGCGGCCAGCCUGGGACAGCGGUCGGGGGCUGAAGACACCCAGGAAAAGUGGGAGCAGAAGCCUGGGGGUGAGUGCAGGAAGAGCUCUGCUCGCAGCUUUUACGAAGGCUCUGGUCUCCGUUUAUUCCGGGGUGGGCCAGGGCAAGUGCCCCGACAGCUCAGCUCGAAGGCGGCAGCCGAGGCCACUGUCCCUUAAGAGUGCUGGAGCCCUCAGCACCUGUCUAGGGCUUCAGCAGGGGCUGUGGUCAUGGUGAAUGAAGAGCCCAACCAACAGGAGCAAAAUGGCACGCCCGCGCAGGACCCCGCACUCCGGGUGGACCACAGCGCCUCGGGGCACCAGAGCGUGUCCACGCACCCGAGCGCGUCGAUGCACCCGAGCGUGUCGGCCCACCCCAGUGUCUCCAUCCACCCCGCCGUGUCGGCCCGCCCGAGCAGUUCGGCCCACCCCAGUAUGCUGGCCCAGUCCGGUGGCUUGGCUCACCCCAGUAGCUCGUGCCCCGAGGACCUUAGUGUGAUCAAGGUGAGCAAGCGCCGUUGGGUGGUGGUCCUGCUGUUUAGCUGCUACUCCAUGUGCAACGCCUUCCAGUGGAUCCAGUACGGCUCCAUCAAUAACAUCUUCAUGCACUUCUACGGGGUCAGCGCCUUUGCCAUCGACUGGCUGUCCAUGUGCUACAUGCUGACCUACAUCCCUCUGCUGCUGCCCGUGGCCUGGCUGCUGGAGAAAUUCGGCCUGCGCACCAUCGCCCUCACCGGGUCCGCUCUCAACUGCCUGGGGGCCUGGGUGAAGUUGGGUAGCCUGAAGCCGCAUCUCUUCCCGGUCACCGUGCUGGGCCAGAUCAUCUGCUCUGUGGCCCAGGUCUUCAUCCUGGGCAUGCCCUCCCGCAUCGCUUCAGUCUGGUUCGGGGCCAAUGAGGUAUCAACGGCCUGUUCCAUAGCUGUCUUCGGCAAUCAGCUUGGAAUUGCAAUUGGGUUCUUGGUCCCUCCUGUUUUGGUACCCAACAUCGAAGACCAGGACAAGCUUGCCUACCACAUCAGCAUCAUGUUUUACAUAAUAGGAGGCGUGGCCACUCUGCUUUUCAUCCUUGUCAUCAUCGUAUUCAAGGAGAAGCCUAAACAUCCCCCCAGCAGGGCCCAAUCCUUGAGCUACGCCUUGGCGUCCCCUGAUGCUUCGUACUUAAGUUCCAUUGUCCGGCUCUUCAGAAACCUCAACUUUGUGCUGCUUGUCAUUACCUACGGUCUGAAUGCUGGUGCUUUUUAUGCCUUGUCAACUCUGCUGAAUCGCAUGGUGAUCUUGCACUACCCGGGGGAAGAAGUGAAUGCUGGAAGAAUCGGCCUGACCAUCGUCAUUGCAGGAAUGCUUGGGGCUGUGAUCUCAGGCAUCUGGCUGGAUAGGUCCAAAACCUACAAGGAGACAACCCUGGUGGUCUACAUCAUGACUGUGGUUGGCAUGGUGGUGUACACAUUGACCUUGAACCUGGGACACCUAUGGGUAGUGUUCAUCACUGCUGGCACAAUGGGCUUCUUCAUGACCGGCUAUCUCCCCCUGGGAUUUGAGUUUGCUGUGGAGCUGACAUACCCAGAAUCAGAAGGCAUGUCGUCUGGCCUCCUUAACGUGUCUGCCCAGGUAUUCGGGAUCAUCUUCACCAUCUCCCAGGGUCAAAUUAUAGACAACUAUGGAACCAUGCCUGGGAACAUCUUUCUGUGUGUGUUCCUCACCCUUGGAGCAGUCCUCACUGCAUUCAUUAGGGCAGAUCUCCGGAGGCAGAAAGCAAACAAAGAAACUCCUGAGAAUAAACUCCAGGAGGAGGGGGAGGAGGAGGAGGAGAGCAAUGCCAACAAAGUACCCACCAUUGUGUCUGAGGAGCACUUCUGAGAGAAGAAGGUGGUGGCGACUCAGGGAACACCGACGGCACCCCCCCCCCCCCCCCCCCCCCCGCCUCUUUGGUCAGCAUUCACUGCCAGCACACAGGUCUUCACCGGAGCAGCUUUUGGAGGGAACCGACUGGAAUAUCUGUGGCUUGGAUGGCGGUGCCUCUGCCUCCUGGAACCCAUUCAAGAGCUUGCAUGGUCUGGUUGGGGACGAUGGCACCUUUCACCAAAUGCACACUCCAUUCCCACCCCCUCCCCCUCGUGGGUUAUGGGAGCUGGUGUUGGGAGAGUUUGGUGGAGAACGGUGCUGCCCUGUCUUCCCCCUUCCCCUCCAUCCUGCAAAGAAAGAGCCUGCAAAAUUAUCGCGGAAAGGAAGCUUAUUCAGGAUAUUAACUUUUUCUAGUGUCUUAAGACCCUUAGAAGCCCAGUCCUAAGGAGAGGCAGCUGCUCCGGAUGAGGGGAAUUUGGGGGUCACCAGCCCGGCUGCUGACUUCUGUGGGAAAAAGCACCAUCAGAAAAAAAACUGCAUCAGAACGAAGCCGUCGGGACUCGGCCUCGUUUCUCCUGGCCUGAGGUUGGGGUCUGCUUCCAAACCCUUUCCUAAGAGCUGAUCAAACCAAACAUCAAUAAACUUGACAGAAAUUUUGCUGUGGCCAUGAAGAAGAAACCCAUUUGGGAGAGUGAGCUGCCUAGGUGUGUGAGGGCACCUGUGAAGGCAGUUGGGGACCGUGGUAGCUUGAUUUGGGACUAAGUUCUUUUCUACAGAGUCUCUGCCCAGGGACUUCCCUGUGGGUCAUAGUCACCUCUGCUGCCUUCAUGUGGACACUACCUUGAGAAACUCCAUCAGCCUCUGCACUUGCUUUCUCUGAAGGGAGGGAAAUCCCAGCCAACUUCCUGUAACCUUUACUGAGAGCUAACCUUGAUUCAUCCCACGCUGAGAAAUCCACAGCUGUUUCUGCGAGAUGCGAGGAAAGGGGCAGAAGGAAAGCUGGCCCUUGAAAUGGGAAGUGAGUCUGCUUGAAUUAAGUGCACCUGCCUCCGGAGGGGACAGUACUCUUACACUCACCCCCUCUUCCUGCCCUCUUCCAGCAGUAAUCUUUUUUUAAAUCAGAUAUUGUGAAUUUAAAGGGAGUCCCUUUAAACCAACCCAAGGUGACUUCCUCUCCUGCCUAGCCUGCUGUCUGGCUCUACUCAUGGCCUUGGGUGGUGUCCCCUGAAAAUAAGACAUUUCAGUAAUUUCUCCUGCGUGGUGAACAGCUGUGAUCAUGACCAUGGUGCUGUUUGGCUGUGGCCACUGCCCUGGCCUUGGCAAACGGGAGCAGCCUGGGCCGGUUGGCAGCAGUGCCGGGGUGCCCGGGCCACUGCCUGAGGGGAACCAGGUGUGUGUGUGUGUGUGUGUGUGUGUGUGUGUGUACAUUCUGUACAUUCCGGGUAAUAGAAGAAGUUCACACUUCUGGUGGGGGGAGUGAUUGGGGGUGGAAACGAAGUGGAAAGAAAGCGUGUCUUAGUUUUGAUAAGGAGAAAGGUGCUUACUCUUCAGCUCCUUCAAACUUUUUAACAGAAUGUUUACCAGAUCCAUUUGUUCCUUUAUUUUAAGAACAUAAUUUGUAUUUUCUGUUUGUAAUGCCAGAUGUUUUAAGGCAAUAAAAGAUUCUCCGAGUG